AUGAGCGCAGCGUUCCCGCCGUCGCUGAUGAUGAUGCAGCGCCCGCUGGGGAGUAGUACCGCCUUCAGCAUAGACUCGCUGAUCGGCAGCCCGCCGCAGCCCAGCCCCGGCCAUUUCGUCUACACUGGCUACCCUAUGUUCAUGCCCUACCGGCCGGUGGUGCUGCCGCCGCCGCCGCCGCCGCCGCCCGCGCUGCCCCAGGCCGCGCUGCAGCCGGCGCUGCCGCCCGCGCACCCUCACCACCAGAUCCCCAGCCUGCCCACCAGCUUCUGCUCCAGCUUGGCGCAGGGCAUGGCGCUCACCUCCACGCUCAUGGCCACGCUGCCCGGCGGCUUCUCCGCGUCUCCUCAGCACCAGGAGGCGGCGGCUGCCCGGAAAUUCGCGCCGCAGCCGCUGCCUGGCGGUGGCAACUUCGACAAGGCGGAGGCGCUGCAAGCCGACGCGGAGGAUGGCAAAGGCUUCUUGGCCAAGGAGGGCUCGCUGCUUGCCUUCUCCGCGGCCGAGGCUGUGCAGGCGUCGCUCGUCGGGGCUGUCAGAGGGCAAGGGAAAGACGAGUCAAAGGUGGAAGACGACCCGAAGGGCAAGGAGGAGAGUUUCUCGCUGGAGAGCGAUCUGGACUACAGCUCGGAUGACAAUCUGACUGGCCAGGCGGCUCACAAGGAGGAAGACCCCGGCCACGCGUUGGAGGAGACCCCACCGAGCGGCGGCGGCGCGGGCAGCACCACGUCCACGGGCAAGAACCGGCGGCGGCGGACUGCCUUCACCAGCGAGCAGCUCCUCGAGCUAGAGAAGGAGUUCCACUGCAAAAAGUACCUCUCGCUGACCGAGCGCUCACAGAUCGCUCACGCCCUCAAACUCAGCGAGGUGCAGGUGAAAAUCUGGUUCCAGAACCGCCGGGCCAAGUGGAAACGGGUGAAAGCCGGCAAUGCCAAUUCCAAGACAGGGGAGCCCUCCAGGAACCCCAAGAUCGUUGUCCCCAUCCCCGUCCAUGUCAGCAGGUUCGCCAUUAGAAGUCAGCAUCAGCAGCUGGAGCAGGCCCGCCCCUGA